AUGCGUGGAGGUACUGGUGGAGUUGGCGUCCUCGUCAACAUGAGUAUGGCAAGGAACAUGGACUCUUUCGAACAACUUACGACCCGAAUCGGAUGUCUGCGGAUGAGAAGAUGUGGUCCAACACCAGCUUUGACUAUCUUCGUCGCUUACGCUCCAACAUCAAGCUACGAAGAAGAAGAAGAAGUCGAAGCUUUCUAUAUGGACCUGGAGAAGUUCUACCGAGAAGAUCAUGCCUUCUACAAGGUCAUAAUUUUCGAAGUUGGCCCAAGAAGAGCGCUUGAGGAACUUCACUUCGGGACCCAUGACCUACAAUGGAAUGAACAGGGAUAG